AUGAGCCAUUUCGAUCUCGCCAAUCAUCCUCCCAAAGACACCAUUCGCCUGUUAGCAUCGCUGCUUGCCAAGGUCACUGCAGCUAAUGACCGUUUGCAUACCGAAACCAAUUCUACAGGCAGCCGUGCGCGUAGACUGUCGCAUUCAUCCCCGAACUACACAUGUUUCCACGCACGGGCUGUGCCGAGCAUCUCGAUCCAUGCCUACCUUUCUCGUAUCCUCAAAUAUUGCCCAUGUUCCAAUGAAUGCUUUUUGGCUCUAUUAGUCUAUCUAGAUCGCAUGUCCCAAUCUUCACGGUUCCGCAUUGAUUCCUAUAAUAUUCAUCGUUUGAUUAUUAUUGGCGUGAUGGUCGCCAGUAAAUUGUUUUCGGAUGUUUUCUAUACCAACACACGUUAUGCAAAGGUGGGAGGCUUACCUGUCUCAGAAUUGAACACACUGGAAGUGGAGUUUUUAGAACUCAACAACUACACAUUGUUUGUCACUGUGGAAGAACUUCAAUACUAUGGCGAUCAACUUUUGAUGCACUGGAUGCGUGAAAACCAUACUGGCGAAGAACAACAUGGCGAAAAUGAUGUGGUGUCAUCUAUGCGAGUCGAUCGAGCAGCUCGUCACUUAUCCAUUGAUCUCGGGCAUGAGAAAGCAACAGCCGCUGGUUCCAAAGAUCACCAUCGCAAAUCCGACGAAAUCGACGGUGACCGGCAACUGAAACGUCCAAGCACCCAGACUAUUCUCCAAGACAACCCCCACCUACCAACUCCUCCCGGUCUAUCACCCAAACAGUCAUUCAUGGUCCCUUCCUCCUCAUCUGCUCCUAAAGCACGGUCAGUCUCAACAGCAAUCGCCAACGGCUGGCCAUAA